UGGACUCACCACAAAUACAAAAAAGCCUAAACAGCUUUUGGCAGUCACAGGGUCUAAGGCAGUAGAGGAGCAUCAAGCACAGACUUGCACGCUGCUGGAAGGAUCUAUUACUUUGAAAGAAUUAGGCGAAGGCACAGUGUGACCACACUGCUGCCUGAAAGGGAACAGAGCUGAGAGCACUGAGGACUGUGAGCAGAGGCUUCUGAAUCAGCACGAGAGGAAAGACAAGAUGUGGAAGAGGUCAAAGGUGACCGAUCAAACUGCCGCUGGGCAGGCGGGCAUCAAGAAGAAGUCGAAAGUGCCCGGGGUCAUGAUAACGCAGUUUUUGGAGGAACUUCCGGAGGAAAUGACAACUCCAGAUUUUACCCGCAAACCCAUCGCUCUGACUAUACAAGAGGGUAAGGUUGCCAUCUUUAAAGCCAUAGUAGUGGGCACCCCGACACCUACUAUAACAUGGAGCAGAGCAACCGGAGAUUUGAUUUUUCACCCGGAACUCUGCGUGCAGAAGUAUGACGACAUAUCCCGCGAACACACCAUUGAGUUUCCUAAGGUCUCUGGGGAGGAUGCCGACACCUACAAGUGCUUUGCCACCAAUGAAUAUGGAAGGGCUGUCUGCACUGUUGUCCUCAAUGUUAUUUCGGUUGGAUUCUCUAAGACCAAGGAACUUCAAAAGAAACAAGGAGAAGAGUCAACGGACUUCAGAAAAAAGCUUAAAAAACGCAAAGACGAUGGAACACGCGAGGAAAAGCCGAUGGAGACGGAGGAGAAGGUCUGGGAAAUCCUCCUCAGUGCAGAUAAGAAAGACUACGAGCACAUCUGUGCCGAGUACGGUAUCACAGACUUCCGGCGCAUGUUGAAGAAACUCAGUGAAAUGAAGAAAGAGAGAGAGGAGGAGAUUGCAGAGUUUGUGACACACAUCAGCACACUGAAGCCCAUUGAAGUCAGAGACGACGACUGUGCAACCAUUGAGUUGGACAUGGACCUCAAGGAUCCUUCUAGCAAAAUCUUCCUGUACAAGAAUGGCGUCAUGAUUCCAUUCACCAAAGAAGACAGCGAAGCGUUGAAGCAUAAUUUGAAACAAGUUGGCAAGAAAUAUGUAUUCACGAUUAAAAAUCUCGGUUCAGAAGAUGCUGGACUCUACUCAGUGGACGUUGGCGGCGUCAAUGUAUUCUCCACAGAAUUUAAAGUGCCUGAAGUCGACUUUGCUGUCAAAAUCAAAGAGGUUAAGGCAGAAGAACGAGAGGACGCCCUCUUCCAAUGUGUCCUCACUGCACCUUUGAAUGAGGUCAACUGGUUUGGCAAAAGCGCUGCGCUGACAAAUGAUGAGAAACAUGAAAUCACUGUAUCAGAAGACAAGCUCAUCCACAAGAUGAUUGUGCGGGACUGUAUGCCUUUGGACGGAGGUAUCUACGCUGCUGUGGCAGGAAUCAAAUCCUGCAAUGCCUGGCUUAUAGUUGAAGACCCAGGCGUUCACUUUCAUGCCGGGCUUUCUGACUGCAAAGCCAUUGUUGGAGAAGCAGCAGAGCUGGAGUGCAAAGUGAGCAGGGAAGACUGUGAGGGAAUUUGGUUCAAAGAUGGAGAUGAGAUUAAAUCCUCUGAGGGUAUAACCAUUACAAAAGAAGGAACUUUCCACAGGCUGAAAAUUCACAAAGUCACAGAGGAAUUCGCUGGGAAAUAUAAAUUUGAAGCAGAUGGACGGAAGACAGAGUCUUUGAUUGUUGUUGAAGAUCCACCCAGAUUUUCUACCGCGGAACUGGAAGCGUUUAAAACUCCAGUAACAGUGAAAAAAGGACACAAAGCUUCCUUCAAACUACCUUAUGUUGGACGGGAACCUAUAAAGAUUCAGUGGUACCUUGAGGGUGAAGAGCUUUCGGAGGAAACAAAUAUUAGGUUGGAUCACUCGGAUGGCUGCAGCAGUCUGCUUCUGACCAAGCUGCAGCGCAAGGACAGUGGAGAAGUGAAGAUUAAACUCAAAAAUGAGUUUGGCACUGUUGAGGCCUUCAGCCAGCUUGUUGUACUGGAUAAACCCACUCCUCCAAUGGGACCCUUGGAUAUUACUGAAGCCUCCUCCUCAGUAAUUGACUUCAAGUGGAGGGCCCCAAAAGACAGCGGUGGCUGCAAAAUAGACAACUAUAUCCUUGAAAGACAACAAAUUGGCCGCAACACUUGGAAGAAGGUGGGACCGAUUGGUCCAGAGGCCACAUACAGGGACUCUGAUGUAGACCACGGCAGGAAGUACUGCUAUCGCAUCAGAGUGGAGACUGAAAUCGGCACCAGUGAGCUGAUGGAAACUGAGGACAUUCAAGCCGGAACAAAAGCAUACCCUGGUUCUCCAUCUGCACCAAAGGUUGUCACUGCCUUCAAGGGCUGCAUCAAGCUCUCUUGGUCUCCUCCAUCUAACACUGGAGGAACCAAUAUUCUGGGAUACAACCUUGAAAAACGCAAGAAGGGCAGCAACCUGUGGGGCCCAGUCAACCCACCUGAUGGGAUGAUCCAAGGUAAAGGAUACGAAGUUAAAGAUGUGGCCGAAGGCAUUGAGUACGAAUUCCGUGUGUCAGCAAUCAACAACUCUGGAGCGGGUGAAUUCAGUACACCAUCUGAGUUUGUGUUUGCCAGAGAUCCUAAAAAGCCUCCUGGUAAAGCCAUAGACUUUAAAGUGACGGAUUCCACCUACACUAACCUGUCCCUGGCUUGGACCAAACCCAAGGACAUUGUGGGGGUUGAAGAUGACGCCAAAGGAUAUUUUGUGGAGAUCAGGCCCGCAGCGAACACAGAAUGGGAUCGCUGCAAUUCAAAUGCACUAAACAUGACUUUCUAUACAGUGAAAGGCUUGAAGUCAAUGGCCAUGUACUGGGUGAGAAUCAUUGCUACUAAUGACGGAGGAGAGGGAGAGCCACAGGAGCUGGAUAAUUACAUCCUCGCUAUGCCCCCUCCUGUGAGACCACGAUUCACAGAUGCCAAAAUCAAGAGUUUCAUGGUGGUGAGAGCAGGAAAUUCUGCACGAUUCAACAUUAACUUUGAGGCCUCUCCUUGGCCUGAGGUCAUCUGGCUGAAAGAUGGAUCGCCAGUGUCUAAAAAGGUGACCCUCAGCAAUGCAGAGGCAACAUCCCAGCUUCUUAUUCCUUCCGCUGAGCGCUCAGAUACUGGAAUCUACACCAUCAUUGUCAAGAACAUCGUCGGCCAAGAGUCAUUCAGUAUUGAAAUUAGAGUCACAGAUGAGCCGAAGCCACCAGGUCCUGUGGAGACAGAUGAAAACGUGCCUGGCACAGUGACCGUUUCAUGGACCGCAUCUCCAGAUGAGAAACGUGACGACAGGCUGCAUUACAUGGUGACUAAGCGCGAUUCAUGUAAAAGAACAUGGAACACCAUUGCAGAUCGCAUCUUCAACAACAGAUUCACGGUCUGCAACAUAAUGCCGGGCCGAGAAUACCAGUUCAGAGUCUAUGCAAAGAAUGACAUGGGUUCCUCCAAACACUCUGAAUCACAAAAGUGGCUGAUUUCUGCCAAAAAAGAAAAGUUCACCGUGCACGUGCCCGAAACAAAGGCAUGUAAUCUUGAGUGUCCUCCCAAGUUCCUUGUCCCGCUGAGAAUGCACACCGCUCCACAAGGGUACGAAUGCUACAUGAGCUGUGCCAUAAAAGGGGAUCCAACACCUCAUGUGACAUGGCUCCGCAACAAUAUCAGUCUGAAUACCAACACUAACUACUUCAUCUCCAACACCUGUGGAGUCUGUUCUAUGCUCAUAUUGAGGGUUGGACCUAAAGACACCGGAGAGUACAAGAUCAUUGCAGAAAACUCUAUUGGGAGGGCAGAGUGCGCCACCAACCUGACAGUCAGAGACUAAAUGAUCACACUGAAGAUUGUAGAAUUAAAACGCUUACAGGAAGUUGAUAUUAGUAUUCAACACACACCAUAUUUAGAGUUCAGCUAACCCUAUCAAAUGUAGAAUGAAUGAUUAUUUAAUAUUGCCUGUGAUACUUUCUUUAUAGUUUGUUAACUAUUUGACUACAAUUCCUAUACAUGCUGACAUUUAUUCAAAGGUAAUCUCACAAUAAAGUCUAAGGCGUAGACAUUUUGCUGAAGAAAAACAAAAAAAGCCAGAAUUGUGUUUUGUUUGUUUGGAUUUUUAACUUUGCAAUCUCAAUAAAAUGGGAGCUUGAAAUACUA